AUGGCCUCUGCAUCCGCGACCACGUCUACGAUGCCACCGGUCCCUGCAAAGGACGAUGUGAAUGCCACAUGGAAAUACCUCGAAGCCGGUGUCGAUAAGAUCAUGACCAACCUCCGCGGGGGCAUGGACAUGAAGACAUACAUGGGCCUCUACACCGCGAUCCACAACUUCUGUACCGCGCAGAAGGCUGUCGCCGGCUCGUCAUUUCACGCCGCUAACAACCGCGGUGGCGCACAUCUUCUCGGUGAAGACCUCUACCAACAUCUCAUCGAAUAUCUCAAGACACAUCUUCAAGGCGUCCAGGACGAGUCGCGGCAACAUGUCGACGAGGCGCUCCUCACAUUCUACAUCAAGGAGUGGAAUCGGUACACGACCGCCGGACAGUACAACAACCAUUUGUUUCGGUACCUCAACCGUCAUUGGGUGAAGCGCGAGAUGGACGAGGGAAAGAAGAACAUCUACGAUAUCUACACCUUGCACUUGGUCCGCUGGAAGGAGGACAUGUUCACCGGCACCCAGGAGAGCGUCAUGCGCAGCGUCCUGAAGCUUGUCGAGAAGCAGCGAAACGGCGAGACCAUUGAGCAGUCACAGAUCAAGUCGGUCGUCGACUCGUUCGUAUCUCUGGGCCUGGACGAGUCGGACAGCUCCAAGUCUACUCUCGACGUUUAUAAGGAGUUCUUCGAGAAGCCGUUCCUCGCAGCCACCGCUGAAUACUACGACAACGAAUCGAAGCAAUUUUUGGCCGAGAACAGCGUGGUCGAGUACAUGAAGAAGGCUGAGUCCCGCCUAGACGAGGAGAAAGAGCGCGUGCCGCUGUACCUGCUCAACGAGAUCAUGUCUCCUUUGAUGCGGACAUGUGAGCAGUCGCUCAUUACCAACCACUCACAAGCUCUUAGGGAAGAAUUCCAGAUUCUUCUCGACCACGACAAGAUCGACGACCUUGGCCGCAUGUACAAGUUGCUUGCCCGCAUUCCCGAGGGCCUGGAUCCUCUUCGUGGCCGUUUCGAGACCCACGUCCGUAAGGCUGGCUUGGCUGCCGUCGACAAGAUUGCCCAAGAGGGCGACAGCUUAGAACCCAAGGUCUACGUCGAGGCGCUCCUCGAAGUCCACACACAAUACCAAGACCUCGUGAACAAGGCGUUCAACGGCGAGUCAGAGUUUGUGCGUUCCUUGGACAACGCCUGCCGCGAAUUCGUCAACCGCAACAAGAUAUGUAAAUCGGGUUCCAACAAGUCUCCAGAACUGCUCGCAAAGUACACCGAUACUCUGCUGAAGCGAUCGAGCGCAAAGAUGAGCGAAGAGGACGAUAUGGAGAAGCUGCUUACACAGAUCAUGACAGUCUUCAAGUACAUUGAGGACAAGGACGUUUUUCAGAAGUUCUACUCGCGCAUGUUGGCGAAGCGUCUGGUACAGACUACCUCGGCUUCCGAUGAUGCUGAGACCAGCAUGAUAUCCAAGCUCAAGGAGGCCUGUGGUUUCGAGUACACCAACAAGCUUCAGCGCAUGUUCCAAGAUAUCCAGAUUUCCAAGGACUUGAACUCUGCCUUUAAGGAGUGGCAGUCGAACAACUUGGACGAGGCUGACAUGAAGACCAACGUCGAUGCGAGCUACCACAUCCUUGGAACCGGUUUCUGGCCGCUCAACCCACCCACCACUCCAUUCACGCCCCCACAACUUAUCGUCCAGACUUAUGACCGUUUCGCCCGUUUCUACAACCACAAGCACCAGGGUCGCAAGCUCACAUGGCUCUGGCAGUUGUGCAAGGGUGAAGUCAAGGCAAACUACUGCAAGGUUCUUAACUCCAAGGCAUCGCCUACCUUCCAGGUCUCGACUUAUCAGAUGGGCAUUAUGCUACUAUUCAACGAUAGUGAUACUGUCACUUACGACGAGAUCGCGGAGGCCACGAAGCUGAACAAGGAGACACUCGACCCUAGCUUAGGCGUCUUCCUAAAGGCAAAGGUUCUGAUCGCGCAGCCUGAGAACGCCAAGACGGAGUCGGGCACCACCUACAAGCUCAACACCGCUUUCAAGACCAAGAAGGCGAAGAUCAACCUCAACAUCGGUAUCAAGUCGGAGCAGAAGGCUGAGGCUGAAGACACGCACAAGACCAUUGAGGAGGACCGCAAGCUACUCAUGCAGUCCGCCAUUGUGCGUAUCAUGAAGUCUCGCAAGAAGAUGAAGCACCAACAGCUCGUCUCCGAGACGAUUCAGCAGAUCAAGAACCGCUUCAUGCCCCGCGUGCCCGACAUCAAGAAGUGCAUAGACAUCCUGCUUGAGAAGGAGUACCUGGAGCGUCUUGAGGGUGACGAGCUCGGCUAUCUCGCCUAAGCUCCCUUCGCUAUUUCCUUUGCCUGCCUUGGCCCCUUGGCUAAUGAGUAACGGAUUAUGGAACCUAUUUUCCUUUGUCAUGAAGCUGCAUCCGUAGUUCCCGAUCAGCUCGCGGCCGCGUUCCUGGCGUUUGACGGCGGGUAUCACAUGGGCUGGGUUUUUCUUUCUCAAAGACACAAUGCUAGUUGAUGCGUUGAUGUCGCCAUAUGGGUUCCUUGAAUUAUAGAUACGUGGCUACGAACAAAAGAUAGUCCAUGGCUGGCUAGUGUAUCAAUCAGACAAUGCUGAUACA